AAUACUCGUCUGAGUUUGAACUGGUAUAGAGUCUAGACCACUGCUUCAUUAUAUAAUCUUAGAAAAGACUUUUUAGAAGAAGAAAGCAGAAUGGGGGACGAGCCAGGACCCCAAAAGAGCCAUCGGGAGCGUCAGGCCGGGAGAAAGUUUGAGAAGAAGAAAGCCAGAACCAAGCCCCAGGAUGAAGGUAUGACUGCCCGUCAACGUAAUCCAAGGGCGUUCGCCAUCCAGUCAGUCAAUAAAAUGGCACGCAAGGUCCGCAGGACCCUAGACAUAAAGGAGAAAAAACACCAUAUUCCAGUUGUUGAUCGCACACCGCUGGAGCCUCCUCCUGUUGUCGUGGCGAUUGUCGGUCCUCCGAAGGUUGGAAAGACAACUCUGAUCCGCUGUCUUGUCAAGAACUUCACUCAUCAGAACCUGAGCACAAUCAAGGGCCCUGUCACCAUUGUCUCAGGUAAGAAAAGGAGGCUAACUUUAAUUGAGUGCAACAAUGACAUCAGUAGUAUGAUUGACAUCGCUAAAGUUGCUGAUUUGGUUUUACUCCUGGUUGAUGCAAGCUUUGGGUUUGAAAUGGAGACGUUUGAGUUCCUGAACAUUGCUCAGGUUCAUGGUUUCCCUCGUAUAAUGGGAGUACUCACUCACUUAGACAUGAUGAGAGAUACCAAAGCCUUGAAGAAGACAAAGAAAAGACUCAAAAAUCGAUUUUGGACUGAAGUGUACCAGGGUGCCAAGCUGUUCUAUUUGUCAGGCAUGGUUCAUGGUGAUUAUCAGAACAGAGAAGUCCAGAACCUUGGACGGUUCAUCUCUGUUAUGAAAUUUAGACCUCUCGUCUGGCGAAAUGCGCAUUCAUACGUCAUAGCAGACAGAAUGGAAGACCUAACGAAUCAGGAGCUGAUAAGACAGAAUUCAAAGUGUGAUAGAACUGUCUCCUUGUAUGGCUAUGUGAGGGGUGUACCACUCAAGCAAAACAGCUCCGUUCAUAUUCCAGGUUGUGGAGACUUUCCCAUUAGGGAUGUAUCGUUCCUGAGUGACCCCUGCCCUCUGCCAAACAAAGACAAGAAAAGAUCCCUGAAUGAGAAGGAACGUCUCAUCUAUGCUCCCAUGUCUGGAGUAGGAGGCAUCGUCUAUGACAAGGAUGUAGUCUAUGUUGAACUGGGUAGUCACAAGGCCCAUAGUCAUACCGUUCAGGAAGAGGGACCUUCCCAGGAACUAGUGACAAAUCUGAUUGGGUCUCAGAAGACACUUGACACCAAGAUGGCCGCCAGUAAGCUCACUCUCUUCACAGACUCUAACCCAGUCACAUCACAAGAUGUUGCUAUGGAUACAAACCUUUCAACCACAGAGGGAAACUUGAGGGUGAGGAGGAGAGCUGUUCAUCUUCAAGACAUGGAUGAUGAUGAUGACGAGGACGAGGAAGACGAUGAGGAAGAUGAUGAGGACGAGGAAGAUGAUGAGGAUGAUGAAGACGAGGAUGAUGAGGAGAUGGAGGAGGCAGAUGAUGAAUGGACUAUAGCAGAUGAUAAAGAUGUACGGGUAGGAGAGCUAGCAUUCGCAGACAGUGAGGAUGAGCUAGAACAAGAAAUGAAAACACUUAAAGACAAAGACAAUAUCAUCAAUGAGAAGGACAAUGAAAGUAUGAUGAAGAGCAGACACAAACGGACAAAGCAUUCAACGUCAUCCAAAGUGAAUGUUGAUGGAAGUGAAAGUGGGCUUCAGGAUGAUAAAAUGGAAGACGGUGAAGAGGAUUCAGAAGAGGUAGAUGAUGAAGAAGAUGAUGAGGAAGAUGAUGAUGAUGAAGAAGAAGAUUCACAACAGUCAGGUCAGUUGAAAUGGAAGGAGAAUCUUAACCAGAAGGCAGCAGAGAGCUUCCUAAGACAGCAAUCACAGACACCAAACCUGAGAAGACUGGUAUAUGGUACUGCUGUUGAGGCUGGUUCUUCAGAUGAGGAAGACAGUACAGAGUUGGGUGGACUCUUUACCCUCACCAAGACUAAGGAGUCCAAGAAGAAAAUGAGGAAAGCAUCGAAUGAUACCGACUGUUCUAGCUUUCCUGUGCAGAUGAUGAGAGAUUGGACAAUGGAUGAGAUGAAGAGCCUGAUUGCUGACUGUAUGGUGACAGGAAAGUGGGGUGAAGAUGAGGAUGCAAAGACUCUCUUAGAUCAAGAUGAUGACCUGUAUGGGGACUUUGAAGAUUUGGAAACGGGUGAGGUCCACAAAGCAGAGGAGCCUUCUGAAUCACACAGUGAUGAUAGUGACGAUGAGAAGGAGGAAGAUAAUGAUGGAGACAAUGCGGAGAAGAAGAAGAGCAAGAGAGACAUGACACUGGCAGAGAAGAGAGUAGAAAAGAAGAGGAAGAUGAAGGAGAUGUUCAAUGCUGACUAUGAUAACACAGGGGGAGAGUCGUACUUUGAUGAACUGAAAGAAGAAAUGAAUCAACAAGGCCAGUUGAACAGGAGUGAGUUUGCUGACAUGGAGGAUGACAUUAGGACUCAGUACGAGGGGUUCCGCUCAGGAACGUAUGUCAGAGUAGAGAUUGCUGAUGUUCCAUGUGAAUUUGUCAGCCAUUUUGACCCAGCAUAUCCACUUAUUCUUGGGGGUCUACUCAAUAGUGAAGAAGCUGUGGGAUACGUGCAGAUGCGGCUAAAGAAGCACAGAUGGUACCCUAAGAUUCUGAAGACCAGAGAUCCUCUCAUCUUAUCGGUGGGUUGGAGACGUUUUCAGACUAUACCACUCUACUCCAUCCAAGAUCAUAAUGGACGCAACAGACUUCUCAAGUAUACACCUGAACACAUGCACUGCCAAUCUAUCAUUUGGGGUCCCAUAACAUGUCAGGGUACUGGAGUUUUGGCUGUACAGUCUGUGGCAGGCAGAAUGCCCGGCUUCAGAAUAGCUGCCACUGGAGUGAUCUUGGACUUAGACAAGUCCAUCAAUGUGGUAAAGAAACUCAAACUGACUGGAACACCAUUGAAGAUACAUAAGAAUACAGCAUUCAUACAGGGUAUGUUCAAUUCUGCUUUGGAGGUGGUCAAGUUUGAAGGAGCUUCCGUCAGAACGGUCAGUGGUAUCAGAGGUCAGAUCAAGAAACCAUUAAAAACACCACCUGGAGCCUUCCGAGCCACCUUUGAAGAUAAGAUCCUCAGGAGUGAUAUCGUGUUUGUGAGUACAUGGUUCCAAGUAGCCAUUCCUAAGCUGUACAACCCAGUGACCACACUACUGCUUGCCCCCGAGGACAGAGGUAACUGGACAGGAAUGAGAACGGUUGGUCAGAUCAGACACGAUGCCAGCAUCCCUGUACCCAAUGAUGCUGAUUCUCAGUACAAGAAAGUGGCCAGGAAGCCUCGGAGGUUUAACCCACUUGUGGUUCCAAGGGGUCUACGAAAAGAUCUUCCAUUUAAGGAGAAGCUCAGGAACACAGGCAAGAAAGUACAGAAGAGAGGAAAGAAGGGUGCAACAUUAGGUGCAUUGAGAGCUGUCAUCAGAGAGCCUCAAGAGAGAAAGGUUGCUGCAUUGAUGCAUGAAUUGAGCACACUUUACAAAGAAAGAGAGAGGAAGGAUCGCAAGGCCAUGUCAACCAGAGUGGAAGCUCACAAGAAAAAGAUGGCCGUUGUUGAGGCACAGAGGGAACAGAGACAGAAGGUAGCCAAACAAGAAGUCUAUAAGCUGAUGGGACAAAUGAAGAAAAAGGACAAAAGAUGAUCCACAGCUCUAAUAGAAUAAAGGAAGUUUCUACGAUGUAUUUCAGAGCUUUCCUCUGAUGCAGUUAUUGCCUUCUCUCAGUGGAAAUCACAUUAUGGAGUGGAGGAAUAGACUUAUAUCGUAUGAGAUUCUGUAUGAGGGAAGAACAUACCUUUUAUCAACUUUGAGCAGGAAAUCCAAAAAUCACAAGAAAUAAUAUAUUUUUUUGAAUGUUGAAUGGUGUUACUCGUUGUUAGAGUUGGUCGGUUACAUUGCUUACACAUACAAGCUAUAGAAUGAAUCGACAGAUCACCUGAUUUUGGAGACAUGUAUAAAAUGUAUCAGAA